AACCAGCAUUAGAUUAUUUGAGGUUUGACACAGAUACUGGUCACAUAUCGAAUCUCGAGUUUUAUACAAUACUGACCAGACCUAGGAGAUGGAGGAGUGUGACAAGGGUGAAAAUAAAAGGUAUAGCAUAGAUGUUGGGUAGCGGUUAGAUCAGUUGCAUUACACCUCCAGGACUCUCACCUGGGCUAGGUUCUCAUGUUCUCCUCAAACUUAGUGGGUUUCCUCCUGGCGUACUGGGUUCAUUCCCCCGACCCUUUCCAGCUGUUAGAUGUUUCCCUCUGUAGGGUGUGUGGUGGGGGGGUGCUUGUGGUCAAAGGCGUUGCUGCCUUAAGAAAGGUUCCAACCUCUUACAGGGGUAACUGACCAGCAUGAUGUCAUCAUCGGACGUUGUGACCAACUUUCAGAUGUGAUGAUGGUUAAUUAAAAGGAAAGAAGUCAUAUAAUAGACAUAUAAUUAUUGCAUAUAUUGUCUGUGAUAUCCGGAGUGUUUUGCAGUACUGUGGAGUGUAGAUGAUGAUGAUGAUGAUGAUGCAAUAGUGGGAGUGUACUUUGUGUAAGACAGUCAGGUAUGUCAGUAAUAUUGUGAGUAAAGUGUUUGUAAGUAUAGUGUAGAAUAUUGUGAGUGGUGUGUGUGUGAGUGUGAUUUGCAAUAUCUGGAUUAUAGACCGCUAUGUUAAUAUACUGUUGAGUAUAGUCCUUGAUGUUGUGGAGUAUAGUCGCUGGCAGCAGCAGUGUGGAGUAUGACCGGCGGUUUUGCGAGUAUGGUCCAUGCUGUGAGUAUGGAUGGUUGUUUUGUGAGUGUAGUCUGUGGUGGUGUAGCGAGUAUUGCCAGUCAUGACACAAGUGUGGCUUGGAAUAUUGUGAGUAUAUUUUGUACCAUAAAUAUAGUCUGUGAUUUCCAGAGUAUGGUGAUGUAUAUGUCAGUAAAAUGGAACAGGUUUUGUGUCGCAGUGUAAUGCUGUAUCGGGUUGGACAGGAUUCAUUUAAUAAUAAACUCACCUUCUCCUUUUAUCGGUGUCUGCUGAACUCACUGUCAGUUCACUGAAGAACAACAUAAGACGGAAAGCUGACACUUCCAGCAGUGUGUCGUUUCAACAGUAAACAUUGUUAGCAGAGCAAACAUGCAGGAAGGUUUUGCAUCACCAUCUCAAAUUUCACACACACUCUCUGCUCAGAAUGCACAGACUAGCUUAAACUGGGGCGAGAGCAGAAGUAGAGGACAACGUCUCGACUAGCUUUAUUGCUAAAUGCCGGUGUGCCCUCGCCGGGUAAAGCAGGCUAGGUGAAGCACGAAAGGUAAACUAGGUCUUGUAAGGAGCAUGAUGUGUAGAAAUGUUGAUGUAAGACAGGUGACAUGAAAAAACUUUCCAGGAGAAGUGAGACACGGUGCGUAAGGUGAAGUGUGCAGGCUUAAGUUCACCAGGUGAUUCCACACAAGUGCCAUGUGCCAGGUAACGUGUGCCAGGUGACGUGAGGCAGGUAACGUCUGCCAGCUCAUGUGCGCCUAAUGAACUGCCCUGACAGCUGGCGUGUAAACACCUUGGCACCAGUCACGCCUCACCCGAGCGGUGUUUCAGUGAGCCGAGAGCCGGGAUGGCGUUACUGACUCUGCACAGAUCACCGUCUGUCUCCACAGCGCCUGACGAAGCCAUUACAAGACGACAGAGACUUCAGAAAAGGGAGAGCUUCGCCUUUGUCGGAGGCGCGGUGCUUUUACUCGAGGAAGGAGCGAGGAAGGGGCCACAUGUAGAAGCCACGCCCGAAGAAGAGCUUAUAGGCGGAGCUUCCGAUAACAAGAGCAAGCAUUUACAUGCUAUGAUUUCGCGACUGAGACCUGAAGACACCGUCAAACUGGCUGUCCGUCUGGAGUCAGUAAACCCCGUCAGAGUGAGAUAUUUAAUUAUCGUCUCGACCACCAGCCGCAAAGAGGAGAGUCUUCUGCUCGGCAUGGACUUCCCAAACGUGAACAGUGAGGAUUGCACUAUCGGCCUGGUUCUGCCCAUAUGGAGCGACACUCAGGUUUUUCUGGAUGGAGACGGUGGCUUCAGCGUGACGUCUGCAGAGUAUACGAGGAUAUUUAAACCUGUGUCUAUUCAGACCAUGUGGUCCGUGCUCCAGGCGCUGCACGGCUGUUGCGAGCGCGCGGUGAAGGGCGCGGUGAUCCCGGGCUGCGGGCUGGACUGGGCUCAGCACUACAAACAGAACACGGACUCGGACCAGCAGUGUGUGAACGAGUGGAAGGCCAUGAUGGGCCUGGAGUCAGUGCGCAAGAACACCAAAAGCCACAGCACGGAGAGAGAGAGAGUGGAGAGAGAGAUCAAAGUCCAGCUCCGAGACAUCAUGAGAACAGUGGACCUGGAGAACAUCACCUCUAAAGAGGUUCGAACUGCUCUAGAGGAAAGGAUCGGUUUAGACAUGAAGAACUAUAAGGAGUACAUUGACAAUGAGAUGAUGGUCACCAUGGCUCAGAUGGACAAACCGUCCAAGAUCCUAGACUACCUUUACCUGGGCUCCGAGUGGAACGCAGCUAACUUCGAGGAGCUUCAGAAAAACAAUGUGGGUUACAUCCUGAACGUCACCAUGGAGAUCGAUAACUUUUUCCCAGAAUCCUUCACCUACAUGAAUAUCCGAGUGUACGACGUGGAGUCCACGGAUCUGCUCUCGCACUGGAAUAACACCUACAUGUUCAUUAGCGAAGCCCGGAACACCGGCCAGUCCGUAUUGGUGCACUGUAAGAUGGGCGUGUCUCGCUCCGCCUCCACGGUCAUCGCGUUCCUGAUGAAGCAGCAGGGCUGGACGUUGGAGGAGGCGCUGAACCACGUGAGGGAGCGCAGACCCAUCGUUCAGCCCAACGACGGCUUCCUCAGGCAGCUCCAAACCUACAGCGGCAUCCUCAAUGCAAGUAAACAGCGGCACAGCUCCCUGUGGAAGCGCAAGUCCAGAGCGGAGACACUGAAUAAACCGGCGCAGAAGCGGGAUGCCGAGGGAGAGGGAGAGGGAGAGGGAGAGCGAGGAGACGAUGAGCAUGAAGACGAUGACGUGCCGAGUCCAGAAGAAGAAGAAAGCACAGAUGAGGAUGAGGCGAGAGAUGUGUUCACUGACUCAGUGUCUGGUCUUCUCCCUGAUGCAAAAGAAGAAACAACAAACCCUCUAAUCACCAUCCAGGACAGUGACAUGGUGAGCCCGAGUCCCAGCAGAAGUGGAAGAAUGGAUCUGUUUUCUCUCAUGCAGUCCAUCCAGCUGGAUGACGAGGAGCGACUGAGUGAUCUAGAAAACGCUGCGGCUCAGAGGAAAUCUCCGGCGCAGAGGAGACGCAGCAGUCACAAACGCAGAGCUCUGACUCACCAGAAAGCCCACGUGGACGUUUCUCCAGACCCGAAAAGCCUGCCACACAGCAGGGAACAGGAAAACCCAGGACUCGGCACUGGCAGUAACAAGUAACAACGAGGAAAGGAGAAAGGACAAAAAUAGAGAAGAGGAAGAACCACACCUCUGGAACAGACUGGUCCUGAUCGAGAUCAUUUUAAUGAAUCAUGUGAGAAUAAUGGUGAGGGAUUUAUUCAUAUUUUAAGUUUAGGGGUUGGCUCGAAAAAGACAGGAUCACACACACACACACACACACACAAAUGAUUUCCCACAUUUACUCAUUUUAAUGAACUUUAGUGCAUAAACUGUGCAGUAUAAGUGGAAUAAAACAGACACACACACACAGACACACACACACACAC